AUGAAAAAGAAAUAUGCAGGUUCAGCAAGAGUAAAGCGAGCACAGCUUCAAGCCUUGAAACGGGAUUUUGAAAUCCUACAAAUGAAGGAUGGUGAGUCCAUUACUAGUUAUAUUGCAAGAACCAUGGAGAUAAGUAAUAAAAUGAGGUUUCAUGGUGAAAAAAUGGAAGAUGUGGCCAUUGUAGAAAAGAUUCUGCGUACUCUGACACCGAAGUUUGAUUAUGCUGUCUGCUCAAUUAAAGAAUCAAAGGACAUCGAUGUGCUUUCUCUUGAUGAAUUACAAAGCUCCUUGCUAGUCCAUGAGCAGAAAAUGAACCGAAGUUCUAUCACGGAGGAGCAAGCUUUGAAGGCCUCUACCUUUAUUCAUUCCUCAAAUUCAAGAGGGAGGGGUAGAGGUAGAGGAAGAGGAAGGGGAGAUCGAGGCAAUGGAAACACCAGCAGGCAUUUUAAUUCUAAGGUGAUGAUGAUCAAAACAGAAGUAGAGGUCGAGAUCAACAAUUUGACAAAUCAAAAAUUGAGUGCUUCAGAUGUCAUAAGUUUGGUCAUUACCGCUCAAUGUCGCAUUUAA